AUGGCGGCGGCGGCGGGGCCGGGGCUGCGCUUCGACGGGCGGGUCGUGCUUGUGACCGGCGCCGGAGGAGGAUUGGGCAAAGCAUAUGCUCUGGCUUUUGCUGAAAGAGGUGCUUCUGUAGUUGUGAAUGAUCUUGGAGGUGACUUCAAGGGAUAUGGCAAAAGCUCCUCAGCUGCCGACAAAGUUGUUAAUGAAAUCAGAGCAAAAGGAGGGAAAGCUGUACCCAAUUAUGAUUCGGUGGAAGAUGGUGAAAAGUUGGUGAAGACAGCACUUGAUGCUUUUGGGAGGAUAGACAUUGUUGUAAACAAUGCUGGGAUUCUAAGAGACCGUUCGUUUGUUCGGAUAAGUGAUGAAGAUUGGGAUAUAAUUCAUAGAAUUCAUUUGAGAGGAUCAUUCCUGGUCACUCGAGCUGCAUGGAAUCAUAUGAAAAAUCAGAAGUUUGGCAGAAUAAUUAUGACUUCCUCUGCUGCUGGAAUAUAUGGAAACUUUGGCCAGGCUAACUACAGUGCUGCAAAACUUGGCCUUUUGGGUCUUUCAAACACAAUUGCAAUAGAAGGUCGGAAAUACAACAUCCACAGCAACACAAUAGCACCUACUGCUGGAUCCAGGCUGACCCAGACUGUCAUGCCACAAGAUCUGGUUGAUGCUUUCAAGCCAGAGUAUGUUGCUCCCUUAGUACUCUGGCUUUGUCACGAGAGCUGUCAGGAAAAUGGUGGCCUGUUUGAGGUGGGAGCUGGAUGGAUUGGAAAAUUGCGCUGGGAACGAUCCUUGGGUGCUAUUGUCAGAGGAAAGAGUCAUCCAAUGACCCCUGAAGCAGUGAGAGAGAAUUGGGAGAAGGUCUGUGACUUUGAUAAUGCCAGCAAACCCAGGACUAUCCAAGAGUCCAUAAGUGUUUUGAAUGAUGCUCUAAGUCAGAUAGAAUCUGAAGGAAAUGUUUCUAUGAAUGCCACAUACUCUGGUUCAGUCACCUCUUCAUCCGUUAAUGCUGCAAACAUUAUUGGCCGGGAGUUGGCUACCAAGGUGUAUACAUACAGUCACUUACAACCUAUUCUGUAUGCUCUUGGUGUGGGAAUGUCAACUAAGGAUCCAGAUCACCUAAAAUUUCUCUUUGAAGGAAGUGAAGAAUUCUGCUGCUUACCUAGCUUUGGAGUCAUUCCUGCUCAGACUUCUAUUUUUGAUGGUGUUGCUUUGGAUGGUUUUAAUGGACUAAAUUUUGAUUUCACGAAGAUGCUGCAUGGUGAACAGUACCUGGAGCUGUAUAAACCACUACCAACCUCAGGGCAACUAACUUCAGUUUCAACUGUUGCUGACAUACUUGACAAAGGUGCAGGAGCAGUCUUGCUCAUAGAUGUGCAUACCUAUUGUGGAAAGGAGCUGUUGUGUUAUAAUCAAUUCAGUCUGUUUUUUGUUGGAGCUGGAGGAUUUGGUGGAAAGCGAACAUCAGAAAAAGCCAAGGCAACAAUAAAUCCACCUGAGAGACCCCCUGAUGCUGUACUUUCUGAUGUCACAACAGCUAAUCAGGCUGCCUUAUAUCGUCUGAGUGGGGACUGGAAUCCUUUACACAUUGAUCCUAAUUUUGCUGCUCUUGGAGGAUUUAAGAAACCCAUACUACAUGGAUUGUGCUCAUUUGGGUUUGCUGCUAGACAUGUUUUGAAGCACUUUGCAAAUAAUGAUGUGACCAGAUUCAAGGCAAUCAAGGUUCGCUUUGCAAAACCAGUCUUUCCUGGGCAAACUUUACAAACAGAAAUGUGGAAGGAAGGAAAUAGAAUCCAUUUUCAGACCAAGGUCAAAGAGACUGGAGAAAUUGCUAUUUCAGGGGGCUAUGCUGAUAUAACAUCAGCCUUGGAUAAACCUUCUGCUUGGGAGACUGCAAAGAUUGCAGGGCUGCAGAGUGACCUUGUGUUUGAAGAAAUUGGUCGUCGGAUCAAAGACAUUGGAAAAGAGCUGGUAAAAAAAGUGAAUGCCAUAUUUCAAUGGGAUAUCACGAAGGAUGGAAGAACUGCAGUUCAGUGGACAAUUGACUUAAAGAAUGGUUCUGGAGAGGUCUACCAAGGACCUGCAAGAAGCUCUGCUGAUACCACUUUCACUCUCUCAGAUGAGGAUUUCAUGGAUGUGGUUCAACAAAAAACCAACCCCCAGAAGGCAUUCUUUGCUGGCAAACUAAAAGUGAAAGGGAACAUCAUGCUGAGCCAGAAGUUGGAAAUGAUCCUGAAGGAUUAUGCCAAACUCUGAACUACUUGAUCAUCUUCCGAAGUAGUCAAGAACUUGAGAAGACAGAGAUCUCAGUUCGUUCACAACCCAUGCUUGCCACAUUAUAUAGAUUCCUUAAUAUCAAUGUACUGAUCCACUGUAAUACUAAUAUAUAAGCUGUUCGAAUUAUUGCAGGCACAAAAUUAUGACAUACUCUUAACCUUAAUUAAUGUCUUUGCAGCAAUACAGAACCUUAAUUUUCUCUUUUCAUGUCU